AUGGAUCUUAAUAGUAAUACAGAUCAUUCUAAUGAUAAUGACACAGAUCAUUCUAAUGAAAAUAAUGUUCUAAAUCAUUCUAAUAAAAAAUCUAAUACUAAAACUAAAUUGCGAAAGAACACCAGUUGGGUUUGGCAAUAUUUUCGCAGGAGACGUCCAUCACGAAAAUGGAAAACACGUACAAAUUGUACUGUAAUUGUAAAAAAUAAAAAGUCACCAAAUGGACGAGAAUGUGGGCAGUUAGUUAAAACUCAGGGUUCAACAGGCAACUUUCAAGCACAUUUAAAUACGCAUGGAAUCACUAAACCUAUCAAAACUAUUGAUACACCUGCGCAACCAACAAUUACUGAAAUGUUUCACCGUGCUGCUGGACAAAGUAUUCGUCAAAAAGAAUCUAUUGAUCGUGCCUUGGUAGAAUGGAUAGUUACAAAUUUGCAACCUCUUUAUGUCUUGAAAAGGGAAAGCUUUAUUAAAUUUAUUCAUGUAUUGAAUCUAUAUUAUGAACUUCCAUCUGAUAAACAUGUAAAAACAUUAAUCCAUCAAAAUUAUAAUUAUUCAGUAGAAUGUCUUAAAACUCUCUUUGCAACAGAAGUUAAAAUACUUCUUCAACUUAAAUGUGCUAUUAUAUUAAUGGAUGCAACUAUGAGUGCUAAUAAUGAUUAUAAUAUUCGCAAAGAUGCAAUCUGUUUAAAGUCCUUAAUGAUCACAGAAGAAGAAUAG